GCUGUCAAAGCCAACCAAUCGGCUCUCGCGUUGUUGGUUGCUUGGCUGCUUCGCCGGGUCAGGUUGCAGUCUGGUUAAGGGGGGGAAGCGUCUUUCCGAGGCUGCGUCGGAGGAGCCGAACCAUGAACCGCAGGGACAAUGUCGAGGCACGGGAGACGGAGAACCUCCAGGGGAGGCUCUGUGUGCCCAUUCCGAGCGAAGCACCUUGUCAGCAGGUGCAGGAGAAGCUGUCUGGGGUGGUUAAAAACGUCCACAGGAAACUGCGCAGGAAAUACAGAGAAGUGGGCGAUUUCGACAAGAUCUGGCGCGAGCACUGCGAGGACGAGCAGACGCUCAGCGAGUACGCCCUGGCCAUGAAGAACCUUGCCGACAACCACUGGACCAAGAAGUGCGAAGGGGAAGGCCGAAUCGAAUGGUGUCGCAGUGUCUGUCAAGAGUAUUUCUUGGAUGGCGGAAUGAAACGGAUGUUGGAAAAGGAUGAAAAGAGUGCUGCACUGGCCUUGGGUCUGAGUGCCCAGGUACACAGCGCCAUCCCCAGUUCAAUAUCUCUGGUGGGAAAGAUUCGCCUUCUGGACGUGGGAAGCUGCUUCAACCCUUUCCUGAAGUUUGAUGAAUUCCUGACUGUCGGUAUUGACAUAGUUCCUGCGGUAGAGAGCGUGUACAAGUGUGACUUCCUCAACCUCCAGCUCCAGCAGCCGCUCCAGCUGGCAGGCGAUGCAGUCGAGGCCUUCCUCCGCCACCUCCACAACCCCAUCGAUGCUCUGCCAGGCCAGUUGUUCCACGUGGUCGUCUUCUCCCUGCUUCUCUCCUACUUCCCCUCGCCGUACCAGCGCUGGAUCUGCUGCAAGAAGGCCCACGAGCUGCUGGAGCUGCACGGCCUGCUGCUCAUCAUCACGCCCGACUCCUCCCACCAGAACCGACACGCCCUCAUGAUGCGCAGCUGGCGGGUGGCGGUGGAGUCAUUGGGCUUCAAGCGCUACAAGUAUGUCAAAUAUUCCCACAUGCAUCUCAUCGCCUUCCGGAAGGUGUCCGUGGCCACCACCAGUGACCUGGUGUCACGCAACUACCCCGAGAUGCUCUACAUCCCCCAGGACUUUAACUCCAACGAGGAGGAGGAUUGCACCAACGCGCCGCCGCAGGGGUUGCGCUCCGAGUUUGAGGACGACCAGCUGGUUUGGGGCUUCACGGAGCUGCCAGACACGCCGUACGAUUCUGAUUCUGGUGAAAGCCAGAGCAGCUCUGUUCCUGGAUUUCAUGAGUUAGAGGAUCCCAUCCUUCUUCAGAGCUAGGCUGAACCAGCACAUCUUCUCUCCCCCUGCCCUUUCUCUGCCUGUCUCCUUCCCUUCUGCUGCCAAAUUUAAACCUGCUGCAUUCUUCUCCCAUUUCCUAAAAAAUGCAAUUUGCACAGUGAGUUAUCAGAUUACUUUCUCAUAUCAACACAAACACACACACACACACACACACUGACACUAAGAUGGAUAUAUUUUGAUUAAAAAAAAAGUUUUUAUAUGAGUUUGAAGUCGAGGGCCCUGAACAUAUCCUUACUUCCUCCUUGAUUUUUAAAGUCCAUCUCCUGAUUAGCUCUCGAUAAUUAGAAAUCACUCCGUUUACAUUCUGCACUCGGUUUCUAUCUGAAUAAGCUAGUGUUGUAGGCUGCUUGUACUAAACAAAACAGAAAAAAAACAGCGACUGCAGCAGUCUGAAAGACCUUUGUUUUUGCACUGAAGAGACUAGGAAUGGCCAUGCAGUUGAACUGUCUAAACUGGUGGUUUUCCAACCUAAGAAAAAAAAAAAAACAGAUCUUAAUGAAACAUUGUUGUCCAGCGUAAACUGUGUCGAUGCCAUUUUUAAUUCAGGAUCCUCUGAAUGAUUUCUGUAUCUUUUCCAAUAACAACAUAUUUGUAGCAUUAUAGACCCGUUGAGAAGCAUACCGUAGAAGUGUUACUUUACUUGGGUGAAUAUGUGACUGUUUACUUGUUGUCGAGCAAGGUACGACUUCUGAAUUGAUGUUGCACUUAAUGCCUCCUCCCCCAAUCUUUGUGAUGAAAUGUUAUUUCUGGGUUAUGUCAUCGUUCCUGCUUUUUGUUUUUAUUUCCUUGAUGAAAACAUAUUACAGCAUUGCACAUCUGUGACUUUCA